AUGGGCGGCUGUAUUCCUUGCUUUGGAUCAUCAAAGAAAGCAGUAAGUAGUGGUAACAGUGUUAAAGGGGUGAAAGAAUUCGCCAAAAAGGAGUCUUUUAAAGAUAAAUCAGCUGUUGUUACUUCUAAUAGCCAUGUGAAUGGAGUGAAUUCAGAUAAAUCGAAAGGUCGGAGAAGUACUGAUACCAAGAAAGAAUUAGUGCUUCCUAAAGAGCCAACAGCUAACAUUGCUGCACAAACAUUUACAUUUCGUGAGCUUGCUGCAGCUACAAAGAACUUUAGGCCUGAGUGCUUGGUUGGUGAAGGUGGGUUCGGGAGAGUUUACAAAGGCCGUCUUGAAAGCACGGGGCAGGUUGUGGCAGUUAAGCAACUCGACCGUAAUGGGCUUCAAGGGAAUAGGGAAUUUUUAGUAGAGGUUCUCAUGCUUAGCCUCUUACACCAUCCAAAUCUGGUCAACUUGAUUGGAUAUUGUGCUGAUGGAGACCAACGACUUCUAGUUUAUGAGUACAUGCCAUUGGGGUCUCUAGAAGAUCAUUUACAUGAUGUACCACCCGAUAAAGAGCCUCUCGACUGGAACACACGGAUGAAAAUUGCUGCUGGGGCGGCCAAGGGAUUGGAGUACCUUCACGAUAAGGCGAACCCGCCUGUGAUAUACAGGGACCUGAAAUCGUCCAACAUUCUUCUCGAUGAGGGGUAUUUCCCCAAGCUGUCCGAUUUCGGGCUCGCGAAGCUGGGACCAGUUGGCGACAAGACCCACGUCUCGACCCGGGUUAUGGGGACGUAUGGAUACUGUGCUCCCGAGUAUGCCAUGACGGGGCAGCUCACGUUGAAGUCAGAUGUGUAUAGCUUUGGGGUUGUGUUUCUUGAGCUCAUCACAGGCCGGAGAGCGAUUGAUAACACGCGGGCCGCGGGAGAGCAUAAUCUCGUUGCAUGGGCGAGGCCCCUUUUUAGGGACAGGAGGAAGUUCCCCAAAAUGGCGGACCCGCUGUUGCAGGGCCACUACCCGAUGCGCGGGCUCUACCAAGCCCUGGCUGUGGCUGCCAUGUGUCUCCAGGAGCAGGCCGCCACCCGGCCCCUCAUUGCUGACGUCGUCACAGCCCUUUCCUACCUGGCGUCCCAAACCUAUGACCCCAACAGUCCCACCCCCAAGCACAGGCACUCGAGGAAGAACACAUCAGACAGCAUGGACGCUCCUCACUUCGGCUCACCUUCAUCUGCCCACAAGAACUCGCCCGACUCCAGGAGGAAGGACUCGCCCGACCUGCGCAGGAUCGAGACCAGAGUUGGAUCCGGGAGCAGGCUGGGCCCGGUCGAUUCCCAGCUGGACAGCCCGGGAAGCUCGGGCCGGGCUGGGGAGACCCCCAAGAACCCGGAGAGAGCACGAGCAGUGGCCCUGGCCAAGGUCUGGGGCGAGAAUUUUCGGGAGAAAAAGAAGGGUAAUGCCACGGACAGCUUUGAUAGCACGAAUGAGUGA